CCAGACGCAAGUCCUGUUCCUUUCAUGCUGCGUCUGACCACCCGCCGAAUCCCACGUGCGCAGCUCUCACGGGCGCUUGGUCUGCGCUUCUCCUCUCACGGCAAGGUCUACACAGACGCGGACGCCGCUGUGAAGGAUAUUCCGUCCGGAUCCAAGCUUGUUGUGGGCGGCUUUGGUCUUUGUGGUAUCCCGGAGAACAGUAUCCAGGCGCUGGUCAAGCAGGGAGCCAAGGACUUGACGUGUGUGUCCAACAAUGCUGGAGUGGACGACUUUGGACUGGGUUUGCUGUUACAAACUCGUCAGAUCAAGCGUAUGAUCUCGUCCUAUGUCGGGGAGAAUGCGCUUUUUGAGAAGCUUUAUCUCACUGGAGAGCUGGAGGUGGAGCUCACACCGCAAGGAACACUGGCAGAGCGUAUCCGUGCUGGAGGGUCCGGUAUUCCAGCCUUCUACACGCCCACUGCGUUUGGAACUAUCCUUCAGGAAGGAGGGUUUGCCAUUAAACUCAAGCCUGAUGGGUCCAUUGACAUCCCCAGCGCACCACGUGAAGUCCGCCAGUUCAGUGGCCGCAAAUACGUCAUGGAAGAGGGGAUCACUGGAGAUUUCGCCCUUGUUAAGGCUUGGAAGGGAGACACCGACGGCAACUUGGUGUUCCGUGGCACGGCUCGCAACUUCAACGUGGAUGCAGCCAAGGCUGGGCAGAUCACGAUCGCCGAAGUGGAGGAACUGGUGCAACCUGGAGAGAUUCACCCAGACGAGGUUCACUUGCCGAGUAUCUACGUGCAGCGCAUUUUCAAGGCCGAAAAGACCGAGAAACGCAUCGAGAGACUCACUCUUGCCAAUGCCAAGAAAUCACAACACAAAAUCUCCCCGGAUCGCGAGCGCAUUAUUCGGCGUGCGGCCAAGGAGCUUAAGGAUGGAAUGUAUGUGAAUCUAGGCAUCGGGUUGCCAACGUUGGCGUCCAACUACGUCCCAGACGGAGUAAAAGUUGUCUUGCAAAGCGAAAACGGACUGCUGGGCAUGGGUCCGUACCCGAACGAGGGCGAACAAGACCCGGAUCUGAUCAAUGCCGGCAAGGAAACGGUGACUUUUCUGCCUGGUUCAUCGACAUUCUCCUCGUCCGAAUCGUUCGCCAUGAUCCGCGGUGGUCACGUGCACUUGACGAUUCUCGGUGCUCUGCAGGUCGCGGAGAACGGAGAUCUGGCGAACUGGAUUAUCCCAGGCAAGAUGGUCAAGGGAAUGGGCGGCGCGAUGGAUCUCGUGGGCAGCGGCAACCGUGUCGUGGUCACGAUGGAGCACAACGCCAAGGCAGGAGCGAAAAAAAUCCUUAAGCGCUGUUCGCUCCCGCUUACGGGCAAGAGUGUGGUAAACACCAUAAUCACAGAACUGGGUGUGUUCGACGUGGUGCCAGGCAAGGGGCUCGUGUUGGUGGAGAUCGCACCCACGACCACGGUGGACGACAUUCGUGAGCGUACGGAGGCAUCGUUCACGGUUGCGCAUGAUCUCAAGACGAUGGAUUGAGGGGGCAAUUGAAACCUACUAAACUAGGCUAAUGAGAGUGUACCGGUAUCUACAA